CAUGCAAAAGUGGCCGCCGAGCGCAUCUCUAAAGGUGCCCCAGUACAUUACACUGUACCCUCCCAGGUAUUCAAUUUCCCGUAUUUGCUUUAUUCUACAAAAUUGAAAUCCUCGUAUCGCUCGUUCUGUGUGGCCGCUUACACACACCGUUGCACUGAAGCUUUCCAUCUCCCCCACCUUUUGCCCCUCAGCCUUUGUCACCACCACCACCACUUGCCAAAAAAUAAAAAGCCUUGCCUGCAAACACCACUAAAUCAUCUUCACCAAAUCCCGCUACCGUUGUUUUCCGCCGCUCUAAUCCCAGCCUGGCUGUUCGCCGACGAAAUCCACACACCAGUCUCGCUCACAGAUACCAUCCCCCGCCCGCCAUGACGAGCAGCAGAGACCGCCGCAUCGCCAAGGAGCUGCAGGACCUCCAGGCUGACAGGGACAGCUCUGGAGUCUACGCAGCGCCCAUAGACGGCGUGAACCUCACAAAACUACUCGGCACAUUCCCUGCACCGCCCGAUACGCCCUACGCCGGCGCCACGUUUGAAGUCGACAUCACCAUCCCCGACACAUACCCGUUCAAGCCGCCCCAGAUGAAGUUCCGCACCAAGAUCUGGCACCCCAAUGUGUCUUCGCAGACAGGCGCCAUCUGUCUCGAUACACUCACCACCGCUUGGUCCCCCGUCCAGACCAUCAAGACGGCCCUCAUCUCGCUGCGCAUGCUGCUCGAGUUCCCGAACCCUAAAGACCCUCAAGACGCAGAAGUAGCCAAGAUGCUGACGGAGGACCCGGAGCGGUUUGCACGCCAGGCGCACGACUGGGCCGUCAAGUAUGCCGGGGCGGCGCGGAAGCAGAUUGACUAUUCCGACUGGAAGAAGAAUGCCGCUGUUGAGCAGGAGAGCAACGAUGAAGCUAGAUACCAGGGAUAUCCUCGGCCGAUGGUGGAUAGAUUUGUCGGCAUGGGCUUUAGUGUCGAUGCCGUCGUCGAGGCGCUCUUGUUUGUGGGCGUCAGCAGAAAUAAUGGCAUAGAUUACGAGCUGGAGGAGGCGUACUCGGGCGACAUUAUUGCUCGGCUGCUCGGCGAGCAAUAGCCACCACAAGAGAUCAGCGUGGUGUCUUUGCAUGCAUGGAUUGGGAGUUUGCACAGUGUUUUUGGCUUCUUUAAUAGAACAUCAGAUGGGAUGGGCAGGAGCUUUCUUUUUUAUUGAUUCCUUUUCCUUUGUCACGAGGGAGCGGGUGCAUGGCAACUAGAAAAGGCCACCCACUAUAGUAUUCACAGCAACAUUUUGCACUCAGUGUGUUUUUUCUACAAUAGCAGCACUAUUAUGUAGCUAUGCGUAUUCAAGAAGAAAGGGUUUUACAUUAGUGUCUAUUCGACUCGGUACUUGGCCAGGAGCUCCUUGACCCUAUCUACGUCGAGGGCCCUGUGCACCGUGCCAUCGCACGCAGUCAGCUCCUCUGCUUGGCAAAUGGAAUUCAGGAUAGCUUCCUCUGUGGCUUCAGCGACAGCUACAAAGAGGGCAUCAAUCGUGCUGUGCACAACCGUCUCAACUGUCUGUGUCUCAACAUCACGACGGACACCACCGCCGCUAACCGUAGUUGGGUUGCCCGUCGGCCUACCUCCCAUGCUACUGGCCGUCUCAGCGUCCAUGCGUUUCCAGUCGUGCUUCAUGAUGACCUGUGGUGCGCUGGUUUCGGACGUCGAUAGAGCAAUGGCUAUGUCGCCAGAGGAGUUGUACCCUACGCCAUGGCCGCCGACUGAUACGAUGCCAUGGUUGGAGCGAGCCGCAAGACGGCGAAGCUGGUGUGGAAGGAGAGGUGCGUCUGUGAUUAUGCAUACAACAAUGCCUGUACAUUUUCUGGUUAAACAACAUAUAAUUGAAACAGGGGAGUGGUAGACUGGAAGAACUUACUGCCUUCUGAGCCUGUUCUGUCGGCCUUUUCCUCCACAGUAGCCUUUGCGUCUUUCUGGAGCUGGUCCCGGAUGAGUAGCUUGCCAAUUGGCACCCCGCCAAUCUGGAGCAUGGCCAAGCUACCAAAAUUAGUUUGUACGAGCACGCCAACUGUGUAGUGCUCGCCGCUACCGCCAGCCUUAGGUACCAGACGACUACUUGUGCCAGUGCCGCCCUUGUGUCCUAGGCAGAGCAUUGCUGAGCCGCCGCCAUGGCUACCUUCAAGAACUGUGUCACGGGUUGCUGCAUCUUCAAUGGCUUCAACGACCUGGUCGUUUGUAAGGGUCGACUUGAAGUCAUGAAUAUCAGUGUUCAUGCCUCCCCAAGUCUCGGCCACAACAGGCCAGCCAUGGUGCGAGGACAUUUCCUCUACGUUCUCCUUGAGACGGCGGGACUCGGCAAAGCUGUAGUUUGUUAGAGCCUGGUAUACAGCUCCGCAGCUUAGCGAGUCUGUAAACGCAAUGGGCUACGCCGUGUCAGUCUUGUAUACCCUUGUAUGGUAGGAAGACGGUGUGAGAUACGUACUGAGCCAGUAAAGCCCCAUUCGUGGAUAAAGUGUGUACCAGUCAUCUCUCCACCGCCAUUGAUGGUGUGAAUAGCGGCAUAGGAUGGCUGGGUGCGAGUCCGGACUGUUCCACGGGGAUAUAUCAGCGUCACGCCGACAUGGACACCCUGCUCAUCGUCGUGGAUGGUCUUUUGGCCAACUUGGCAGCCAGGCACGUCGAGGAUGGAGUUGCGCUUGCCCGGGGUAAAGUAACCUGGGCCGUAGCCAAGAUCGCGAAUAUGAGGCCGUGUCAUUGUUGCGCCGUACAAAUUCAAGGUUUGCGUACUGUAGCGCUGUUGUGCGGGGG